AUGAAGCACAUUUACUGGCUGCUGGCGCUGCUGGUGACACACACCGUGGCUUACACGAUACCUCCCGUGCAGUUCGAGUAUUUAACGCCGCGUGGCUUUCGGGCCAGCAUACCAAACGCCGCCGGAUUGCAGAUGUUUGCGUUUCACGCACGCCUCAACAAACCGUUCGAGCACUUCGAGGAGGGCGAGUUCACCGACGACAUUACGGCACCGGAUCCGAACCACCCCGAGCAGUGGACGUUUGAGACCGCCAAACCUCCGCUUCCACACGGUACCAUUAUUUACUACUGGGUCUACGUGCAGUUCGAGAAUGCCGGCUACUGGAUGUCGGAUGAGAAGCACACGGUCAGCAAACCCAAAGCGACGGUCGCACCACGGAGUACGUUACGGCCGACUGCCACGGUAAGAACAACGACGACGCAGCCAACGACCACCACCACCACCACCACGACGACGGCGGCCCCGUGCGGCCAAACUGUAACGACCAUCAACGGCGGCCAACCGACCUGUGCCGGUAAGCUGAUCUUCGAAGACACGUUCGAGCAGAACAGCUUCGGUACGAAAUGGCAGCACGAAAUACGCAUUCCACUGGACACGGAGGUAGCGGAGUUCGUGUCGUACCAGAAGCUCCCGGAAAACAGUUACAUCGCGGGCGGUCGCCUUUUCAUCGUCCCAACGCUGGCCACCGUCAGCGGAGAUUACACCGACGAACGUGUCCGUACCGGCGAGCUGACAUUGGAAGGCUGCACAUCACCGACCAACAACCCGUACGAGUGUCAACGCAAGGCGGAACGGGCCAUCAUCAUACCACCCGUGGUGUCGGCUAAAUUGAACACCAAAAACAACUUCCGCUUCCGGUACGGGCGCGUCGAAGUGCGUGCCAAGCUGCCGACGGGCGACUGGAUUUUUCCACAACUGUUACUGCAACCGUUCGAAAAUUUCUACGGCUACGCCGACUUCGCUUCCGGCCAGAUGUGGAUAGCGCACAUACUGGCCAACCGGAUGCUGGUGAUGGCGUCCGAUGGAAAGCAGAUCGAUGGCCACCGGUUACGGGGCGGAGUGCUCAUCACCAAUACGGCCAACUUGCGGGCUGACUUUUUGCGUUCAAACGUAAACGAGGACCAUUUCGGGGAUCAGUUUCACGUGUACGGUCUCGUUUGGAGCUCGGAACAGAUCGCGCUCACCAUCGACGGGUUCCAGUAUGGUACGAUACGAGUUAACUUCCGGCAGCAGGGCCACCAGCGGAACCUUACGCAGGCCAAUCUGUGGGAUGCCACUCACGCGCUGGCACCGUUCGAUCGGGAGUUUUAUCUAUCGCUCGGGGUCGGUGUUGGUGGCAUCAAGGACUUUCCCGAUCAGUCCCUGACGGGACCAUCGAAACAACCGAAACCAUGGAAUAACACCAGCCCGAAGGCGGAGUACUUCUUCUACCAGAACCGCAACACGUGGUUCCGGACGUGGACGGCACCGGAACUGACGGUGGAUUACGUGCGCGUGUAUGCACUUUGA